CCCGUCAGCCCAUCCGGUUGGUCGGUCUUCUCCCUUCCCUUCCCUCCCUAUCGCCUGCUUCCUUCGGCCGAAGAAAAAAAAAGCUCCUCCUGCUCUGCUCCUCGUCCUCGUCCCCGGCCUCCGCUCCGCCUGCUCUCGGUGACUGGAUAUAUAUAUAUAUAUGGCCUCGCCCGCGACGCCGACGAAGUCCACCGGCGCCCAGGAGGAAGCCGCGGCCCGCCAGUCGCUCAUCGGGAUCUCCCAGUCCAGCCCGGCGGCGGGAGAGGCCCUGAGCGCCAAGUCGCCGAACGGACGCACGGAGCACGGGCAGGACGACAGCGGGGCGGCCGACAAGUACAGGUCGAUGCUCAUGUCCAUCUCCAACCAGUCGCCGGAGGCGCGCCAAGCCACGCCGUGCCCGCACAGCAACGCCGCUUGAGCUUAGGCUUAGCUUGAUCUUAGCCCCUGUAAUAUUACUGAUCGGUGAUAGUAUUGAUGAUCAGUCCUGCAGCUGCAGCUGUCGAUAAUAUGUUGCGGACCCUUGCGUGGCGCCCUUAAUAAUCGCCAUGUUCCUGGGUUUUCGGUGAAUGAUAUGCAGCAUUACGUAUA